AUGUCACUGCUGAAGUCCACUUUCUUGACCUCCAGGUUCUUCGGACUAUUGCCUUUGGAAAUUGUCUCUAACGAUGACAGUGUUGUCGUAAAAUUGUCGAAGAAAUUCACUCUGUAUUCAAUUUUCCUUGGUUUGGCUUUAGGAGGAUUUAGUUCGUACGGCGUUUAUGUGGACAUGACGUUGGACUGCAACUCUUCGAUUCGCAUGAGCCACCCAAGUUCGCGUUACAUAACGUUGUGCGACAUGUGCUUUGUGAUUUUUAUUGGGGUCGAAAUAAUACUAGUGUCGUUUGUAAGGGGUUCCAAAGUUGUUCAAUUUGUCAGGGAAUUGAACAAAGUUGAAACAAUCAUCCCUAACACCGAACUGAAGGUAGACCAAAAGCGAUGCAAGAUUUUCAAAAUUGUAAUAUUAACAGUAUUCAAUGCGAUUAUACUUCUCGAUAUAUUAUUUUGGGGCCACGUUUCGAUGAAGAAGCAGGGAUUGUGGGUGUUCUUUAAGAAUUUCUUCGCAUUUUACUUGCUGUACGAAAUUAUUGUCAUGCAUUUAAUAUUGAACUGGCACAUGAUUUAUUCAGUCAAUGCAAAACUGCGUACUUUAAAUAGCAUCCUUGAGGAGGACUUACAGUUUUGUAAAAGGACAGUUUGCAAUCAAUAUGGGUGCUAUCGCAUUGUCCAUCCUAAUGAUAAUAAAAGCAGAAUGAAUUUGGAAAACAUGUUGAUGGAGAAAGCCAAUUACAACUUCUCAGUCAGUCGAAUUAUGGCUCUAACUAACGCAUACUUCAAAAUAUGUAAAUGCGUAGAAAAAAUCAACAGAUACAACGGACUUUCACUUGUGUUAUUACUGGUAAACUGCAUCGUUCACCUCGUUGAAACUCCAUACUUCUUUUUGACUGAAAUAGGCAACAAUGGGAUGAUAAUACAGAUACUUCUUAAAUUCGUAUGGAUCCUGAUGCAUUCUAUAAUUCUGUGCGUCAUAGUGGAACCAUGUCAAUCUUGUUUAAAUCAGUACAAACAUACGGUCCGACUUAUUUGUGAACUCUUAACUUGCGACUUCCAACAAGAAGUUAGCGAACAGAUAAAUUUAUUCUUGUUCACAAUUUCGAAUUGCAAAGUAAAAUUCUACUUGUCCGGUUUGGUCGAGAUUAAUCGAUCAGUGUUAGCUAGUGUUGCUGGUGUUGUAACGACGUAUUUAGUUAUAGUAUUUCAGUUUAUUGAUCCAUAGUUCUGUGUACAUUAUUUGAAAUAUAAAUG